AUAACAAUUAAUAAAUCACAAGGGCAAGCUCUGAGCAGGGUUGGUGUUUACCUACCUGAACCUGUCUUUACACAUGAGCAAUUAUAUGUUGCCUUCUCAAGAGUAACUGUAUAUCAACAUAUUAAGGUUUUUAUAGAUAAUGGUGAGAACUGCAAGACAAGAAACAUUGAAUACUGUGAAAUAUUUCAUUCUAUAAAUAGAAUUCACAUUUAA